GACCAAUACAAGAAAAUGUAUCUGAUUUGGAGCGUGGCGUGGUUUUAUCUCGCCUUCACCGGGUUAAUCUCACACAGUGACCCACAAGCCUUGACCUUUGGCGAGUCUAGGCUAGUGUAUGAGUGGACAUCGCUGGACUUGGACUGGGCCUCUGAGGCCGAGAAACAGGAGGCUGUCAACAACGGUUCCUUUGUCGCAGAACGGAACCUGGUGGCCGGCAUUAAGCUGUACAAAGGUGAAGUUUAUCUAACGAUUCCAAGAUGGAGGUACACUUCCGGACAGCCGGCCACAUUGCUGAAAGUUGUUAAGGUCAACGGCGAACCCAAACUGAGGCCGUACCCGGACUGGGCAUCCCAAAAACAAGGGGACUGCCGGGCACUGCAGUACGUCCAGAGCAUGGAGAUUGACCCGAACACGGGUCGCAUGUACGUCAUCGAUGCCGGUCGGGUCGGCCUGUCCGGUCAGGAACCGGUUUUAAAUGUAUGCCCGGCGAAGAUCGUCGUGUACGAUUUGAACAGCGAUACGAAAAUCGACAGCUAUGAACUAGACGAGGAAGUCGUGAGUAGAAAUAACAGUUUUUUGAACGACAUCGUUCUAGAUUACGUCGAUGGUGUUGUGAGGUACGCAUAUAUCACUGACGUCAUCGAAAGUAGAUUACACGUAUACGAUUUUAAAUCGCGAAAGGGUUACAAUUUAGAAGAUCCAUCCAUGAAACCUGAAUUUUCCACCAACGGCACUGUCAUCCGUAUCAACAACACGGAUUAUACAUUCAACGGUGGUCUGGAUGGGAUUGCUAUGUGUCCGGACUUUGAGUACGUCUACUACUGCCCGCUAGGUGGAUACAACCUGUACCAGGUCCCGACUUCAAGUCUCAGAGCUGGGACGUUUGGUCCCACCACUGGACCCCGGCUCGUAGGUCGCAAACUGACCCAAACCGACGGGCUCGCCCACGGAAACAGGCGCUUGUACUUCGGCAUGCUGGGACUCAGCGCCGUCUACUUCUGGGACUCUCUCACCGACAUCCGGGAUCAGAACUCAUCCAUCGACAAGGUCAUGAUGAAGACUCAGGUCAAGGUCGUGGAGGACGUCGAGAGAAUGCAGUGGCCGGAUACUUUCGCUUUUGACGACGACGGAUGGUUGUGGUUCGUGUCCAAUCGCCUGCAUCUGUUCAGCAGUCGUACCAUGGAUUUUACUGGCAAACAUGGCGCGAAUGUUCGGGUGUGGAAGGUGUUCGUCAAUGAGACAGGAUACCUCCACCAGGCAGACGCUCGAACACGAGCAAACAAUGGAUCAGUGGGAACAAAGUUCAACAGAUCUUCAUACUUGAGAUCUUCAUACUUGUAUAUACUUAGCAUUUGCUUUGCUUUAAUAAUUAUUCUAGGCUUGAAGUAA